GCCCCUGAGCUCCGCGCACACCCGGAAGCCGAGCGAGUCCAUUGGAGCGGGGCGCGCGUGGGAACCCAGGCCGGGUCCCGGCGGCCAGUUUUAGUAAGAGGGACACCCUGGUCUGAGAAGAGGACAGAACUCUGACUCUGCUGUAGAAGCUCACCUGCUACUCCGGCCAUAGUGACCCUGGGCUCUUUCUCCCAGAAGACAGUGGAGAGUCCAACCCUCACUGCAAGCCUAUGCUGAGGAGGCAAGAUGGCAGCUGGGCCAAAUGGGCUCGAGGAGUGGGUGGGCAGCGCAUACCUGUUUGUGGAGUCCUCGCUGGACAAGGUGGUCCUGUCGGAUGCCUACGCGCACCCCCAGCAGAAGGUGGCAGUGUACAGGGCUCUGCGGGCCGCAUUGGCAGAGUGCGGCGGGAGCCCGGAGGUGCUGCAGAUCCUCAAAAUCCACCGCAGCGACCCGCAGCUGAUUGUACAGAUGCGAUUCUGCGGGCGCCCGCACUGCGGCCGCUUCCUCCGUGCCUACCGCGAGGGGGCGCUGCGCGCCGCUCUGCAGAGGUGCUUGGCCGAGGCCCUCGCCCUCCCCUCGAUGCGGUUGCAACUGGAGCUGCGCGCGGGCGUGGAGACGCUGGACGCCUUGUUGGUAGAUGAGGAGCGCUGUUUGAAUUGCAUCUUUGCCCAGAAGCCCGAUCGGCUCCAGGAUGAGGAACUCGUGGAGUUGGAGGAUGCACUGCGGAAGCUGUCCUGCGGCUCAGGGGAGCAGGCCGCGUCUGUCCCCAUCAAGUCCCAGACCCCCUCUCUGUCGGAGGAGAAACGGCUGCCACCGCCAGCUGACCAGACUUUUCUGUUCCAGGGUCAGCCCGUAGUGAACCGGCCACUGAGCCUGCAAGACCAACAGAAGUUCGCGCGCUCAGUGGGCCUCAAAUGGCGCAAAGUGGGACGCACGCUGCAGCGCAGCUGUCGUGCGCUGCGGGAUCCGGCGCUGGACUCACUGGCCUAUGAGUACGAGCGCGAAGGGCUCUACGAGCAGGCCUUCCAGCUGCUGCGGCGCUUCGUCCAGGCUGAGGGCCGCCGAGCGACGCUACAGCGCCUGGUGGAGGCCCUCGAGGAGAACGAGCUCACCAGCCUGGCUGAGGACUUGUUGGGUCUGGCAAAUGCAGAUGGCAGCCUGGCCUAGGCUGUGGAAAGGAAGGGGUGGCCGGCCAGCUGCCCGCCAUUUGGAGCAUCCUCGUGAGAUUGGAACAUAGGGUCCCUUCUGCUGCUACUGUUGACCCGUCCACCCUCCAGACUCUGGGUCAUCGACCUCCCACUUAGCUGAUCUGCUGGAACUCCAUGAGCGGAGUUGACUACCUUCCCCAGGAGUUGGACAGACACCCACCCUACCUGCUGGGGACACCUCUGGGGGUCCAGCCCCGGGUACUUUAAUAAAGACAGAGAAUGUAUGUCACCUGCUGCUUCUCUGGCCUCACCCUCUUGUACCUCGCAGGAGGGGCUCCUGCCAGCCCUUACUCCUCAAUAAUGGAAGAUUUCCCAUUAAGCACCUGCUGGGAAUAGGCCAUUUAAUAUGGGGCCUC